CGUCGAGUUGUCCGGGAGCGAUCCACGAGCUGGGCAGGGGCGGCGGGCGGUCAGGCCGUCCUAACCGGGAAGUCCGCCGCGGCCGGCUCUCCGCGGAGAUGCCAAUCAAGUUGAAAAUAAAGACGGAGGGGAAGCUGGCAAAGCAGAUUUGCAAAGUUGUGUUGGACCAUUUUGACAAACAAUACACCAGAGAACUUGGAGAUGCAUGGAUCACAGUGAGGGACAUCCUCAUCUCUCCAUUGUCCUGGCAAUAUGCUGUCCUGUUCAAUCGAUUCAACUAUCCUUCUGAAUUGGAGAAAGAUUUACAUUUGAAGGGAUAUCACCAGCUGUUUCAAGAAUCUUUACCUUAUUAUCCCGAGUCACUAAAGUGCUUUGCUAGCAGAACUCCUGGCCGAAUGCCUCCAGAGAGACACCAGUUCGGUCACCUGAAAAAAUACUAUCUCCUGAAUGCGGCCUCCCUCCUUCCGGUGCUGGCUCUCGAGCUAAAGGAUGGAGAAAGACUUUUGGACAUGUGUGCUGCUCCGGGGGGGAAAUCCAUAGCUUUCCUGCAAUGUGCUUUACCAGGUCAUCUUCAUUGUAACGAAUAUGAUCUUCUUAGAUCAAGGUGGCUGAAAAAGACGCUUGAAUCCUUUGUCCCACAACCCUUGGUUAAUUUAAUUAAGGUGUCCGAAUUGGAUGGACGAGAGAUUGGGGAUGUCCAGCCUGGAACAUUUGACAAGGUCUUAGUUGAUGUCCCAUGUUCAAAUGAUCGAAGCUGGUUAUUCUCAACUGAUAGCCAGCAGGCUUCCUAUAGAAUCAGUCAAAGGAAGAAAUUACCUAUUCUACAGCUAGAGCUACUAAGGUCUGGGGUGAAGGCACUGCGCCCUGGAGGACACCUGGUAUAUUCUACCUGCACCCUGUCUGAGGCCGAAAACAGCCACGUCAUCAACCACCUUUUAGACUCUUGCAACAAUGUCCUCCCCAAGGACCUCGGAGGACUGGCCAGUGCAGUCUCACAGGACUUCACGUUUGCCUCUGGCAUCCAGGGGUGUGGUUUGCUGGUCCUCCCAGACCACGGGAAGGCUUGGGGCCCGAUGUACCUAGCCAAAUUACAGAAAACCUGAUCUAACACAGGGCCGGGUCAGGCCACACCGACCUGUGACCCAUUUAUGCUUUUUAUGUUCUUUACUCAGCAACCUGAAAAAUAAAUAUGCGGGAAGAUUAA